CAGCUGACAUUCCAGGUACCGCUGACCACGGUGUCAAGUUCGUGUUGUUUUUUUUUUCGCACUCAAUACAUCAUCAAAUGCGAUCCAUUGAUGCAUACAUCCAUCUAUCUCGAACAGAAGGAGGUAUGAUACGUAAACCAUUUUUCCUAUCAACGGGUAGUUGUUAGUGAACAGCUACUGUGUAUAUGUGUAUUUAGUUCAUUUCUGCCUGAUGUCUUUCUAAGAACCCGAUUGAAAAUAAACGAAGAAAGGAUUAGCUUUUUGAUACACGUCAACAGUCCAGAGCGAGGGAACAAGUGCAGUGAUUCAAUAGUAGGUCUCGAUUACAUCAAAGCCCAGUAUAUCCCUGGAGGAGAGAGCAUAGAACGGAGCGCAAAACCUGUUUGGUAUCUAGAAGAACAGGGAUACUAAGAGAUUCGCAAACCCGACAGAACCAAGUUCGGGUGGUAGCCUGGGCCAAGCGGUAUAUAAAGCAUUCCGUCGUCAGUGAAAGUUUUCUCAGUGUCGAACCAAUACCGGAACGGAACGUACUGAGUGCGCGCGCAACUACGAAUUCAGGUUCAGGACUCGUAUAGCUGCCUUGAAGAGAACCAUCCGUCCCUAACGACAUCCCCCAAAAGAGUGCGUUUGGUGGCGAGAGAAGAAGCCUGAAACAACAAACCCAAAAUCACAAUCGAUUGCUACACGGUGAGAGGAGGUGGUCGACCACGAAGAAGUACGUGUGCGGAAAAACUGGUACCCCUGUUGGAGACUAGCUAGUUGGACAAGUCCAAGCCAAACGCGCGCGCGAGAGAAGGCUACCAGUGUGGCUCUGAAAACUCCACAAAGUCAUAAAGUGACGAUCCGUGGCAGACAGCUCAGUCGUUUGUGUUCCGUAUUCGCGAGAGGUUCAUCGUCGUUGCCUCGUUGGACUUGCGUUUUUCUCACCUUCGAAGACUUAGUACAUAAUUAAGUGCCGUAUCGGUUCGAGCUCGUAUCGUGAACGUGUGUGCUUAAGUAAUAAACAUAGACAAUUGCCAGCGUGUGUUUUGCUUCGCCUUUUUUUUCUACUGAAAGCGAGCACCUGAAGAAACUGAGUACGGACAAACACAGUUGUGUGUAAUCAACCGAUAAAAUGUGUGGUAUUUUUGCGUACUUGAACUAUCUGACGCCAAAGUCUAGGCGCGAAGUUUUGGACCUGCUGUUGACGGGCCUGAAGCGUUUGGAAUAUCGUGGCUACGACUCGGCUGGUGUUGCAGUCGACAGUCCGGAUCAGUCGGGGAUCGUCACCUUCAAGCGAACUGGAAAGGUGAAGGUCUUGGAAGAGUCUAUAAUAGAUGCAACUAAGGAUGGCAGUUACAACGAUAACAUUGAAUCACAUGUGGGUAUUGCACAUACCCGUUGGGCAACUCACGGAGCCCCCAGCGCCGUGAACUCUCAUCCUCAGCGUUCGGACGAAACCAACUCGUUCGUGGUGGUUCACAACGGUAUCGUAACUAACUACAAGGACAUCAAGAAAUUCCUGGAACUUCGUGGAUAUGUAUUUGAAUCGGAUACUGAUACUGAAACCAUUGCCAAGCUGGUGCAUCACCUGUAUGUCCAGCAUCCAAACUAUUCGUUCAGAGAACUGGUUGAGCAGGUUGUGCAACAGAUUGAAGGCGCCUUUGCUUUGGCCUUCAAAUCGAAGCACUUCCCAGGAGAAUGUGUUGUAACUCGUCGAGGCUCCCCACUUUUGGUUGGUAUCAAAGCGAAGACUUGCUUGGCCACCAACCAUGUUCCAAUCUUGUACGGCAAGGGACAUCGUCAUGGAUCUACGGGAAAUAUUCAGUUCGAACCAACUGCAGAUAACACAUCGGAUUUCAUCAACCCGGGAGAGGAAGUGGAAUACUUCUUUGCAUCAGAUGCAUCGGCUGUUAUUGAACAUACUAAUCGCGUCAUCUAUCUGGAGGAUGACGAUGUGGCCGCAGUUAAGGAUGGUGCAUUGUGUAUCCAUCGUUUGAAGAAGAGUUUGGAUGAUCCGCAUGCUCGUGAAAUCACAACACUGAAGAUGGAAAUCCAGCAAAUUAUGAAGGGCAACUAUCGUUACUUCAUGCAGAAGGAAAUCUUCGAACAACCCGAAUCCGUCAUCAAUACCAUGCGAGGACGUGUCAACUUCGAAUCAAUGAAGGUCACCCUAGGAGGUAUCAAAGACUACAUUCCGGAGAUUAAACGCUGCCGACGAUUGAUGCUGAUUGCUUGUGGAACUUCAUAUCACAGUGCAGUGGCUACCCGUCAGCUGCUGGAGGAACUGACUGAGCUUCCGGUGAUGGUAGAACUUGCUUCGGACUUCUUGGACCGUAACACACCUAUCUACCGCGAUGAUGUAUGCUUCUUCAUCUCACAGUCGGGAGAAACAGCUGAUACACUGAUGGCACUGCGGUACUGCAAACAACGCGGAGCUUUAAUCGUCGGAAUCACCAACACAGUAGGAAGUUCUAUCUGUCGUGAAUCGCACUGUGGAGUGCACGUCAAUGCUGGACCAGAAAUUGGUGUCGCUUCUACGAAAGCCUACACAUCACAGUUCAUUUCGUUGGUAAUGUUCGCUUUGGUAAUGAGCGAGGACAGGCUAUCUCUUCAAGGUCGACGAGAGGAGAUUAUCGAAGGACUUCGCCAGCUGGAUACGCACAUUAAGCAGGUACUGAAACUGGACCAAAAGGUUCUGGAAAUCGCACAAGAUCUCUAUCAGCAGAAAUCACUACUUAUCAUGGGUCGUGGUUACAACUUUGCCACUUGUAUGGAAGGAGCGCUGAAGGUAAAGGAGUUGACAUAUAUGCACAGCGAAGGUAUCAUGGCCGGUGAACUGAAACAUGGACCACUCGCCCUCGUCGACGACACUAUGCCAAUUGUGAUGAUCAUCAUGAGAGAUCCCGUGUACGUGAAGUGCAUAAACGCCCUUCAGCAAGUCACAGCUCGCGAGGGACGACCAAUUAUCAUCUGCGAAGAAGGGGACACCGAAACGAUGUCCUUGGGAUCCAAAACAUUGGAAAUCCCACGCACCGUGGACUGUCUGCAAGGCAUCCUUACUGUCAUUCCAAUGCAACUGCUGUCGUAUCACAUUGCAGUUCUGCGAGGAUGUAAUGUUGAUUGUCCUCGAAACCUGGCCAAAUCCGUCACAGUGGAGUAAGCCGAAUCCUUCGGGAGAAAUCUACAUUCUUACACGUUUAUUAUGUACUUGUGUAGCAGUAUCAAUAUGCUUUUAUUUUUCAUAGAAGAUUAUGAAGGCGGUGAGUUUGUAAAAUACUCACGUUUCUAACCGCAACAGAUUAGUUGACAAUGUACGACAAACAUCAAAAAGAUAAGUUUAGAGAGAGCAGACGGGGCUACAUGGGACGAUAGUGAUAUGGAAACCUCCACGUCUGCAAGGUGUAGUUUCUAUCUAAUCUGAACCGUCAAAGGAAAGCGGACUUUGCAGAUGAAUUCGCGAGCCCAGUAUAUACCUAGCAAGUGCAAUACCACUACCGAGAUGAAUCACACGCGAAAAGCUACUUAUCAACAGGGAAUUUCUCUUCCCUAUCUGUCUACACGGCCGUGCAACUUCCUGAGGGCGGUGUAAUCAGCAACUACACAGACGAACGGCUUAUUGACGGAUGAAAAAUGGAACUAAUUGAUGAUUGUAAUCGUGGAAAUUUGAUAGCAAAUGACACGAACACGCGAAAUUGAAUGGCGAUCGUUACUUCCCGCUGCCAAUCGUGAUUUGUGUAUGUAUUUGAUAAUCGAAUUCGAUAAAAAUGUUUAUUGUUUACUCUAGCGAAGGGACAUCUCAGAAAACCCUCAAAGUUGAGUCAAGUUUAUUUUUGUAACAUCGUAAAAAAGAAAAGUUCUGUUUUAUUAUUAUAUGUAUGUAAUUUGAACAAUAAAGUAUUAGUGCUUAUUCCUUUUUUCAACAUAA